AUGCUCUCCCCGCUUAAAUUAUCCACGAGUCUGUUGACUCUCUUGCCGUUCAUUCUCGCGGCUCCUGCCCCUGAGGUCGAUAAGAGGGCCACAACGUUCUGUGGGCAAUGGGAUACAUCCAGUGACGGAAACUACGAACUUUUCCUUGACCAGUGGGGUCUUUCUGAUGCCACUUCCGGCUCAGAUUGUGCCUCUAUCACCUCCCUCAGUGGAAACACCAUCGCGUGGACCACAACUUAUACGUGGGUAGGCGGUACUGGGAUAAAGAGCUUCACCAACAUGCAACUCAAUGCGGGUAUCAACCAGCAACUGAGCGCCAUCAGUAGUAUUCCUAGCGUAUGGGACUGGACAAUCAGUACCUCUGGUACGAUUGUUGCAGAUGUUGCCUACGACAUAUUUACAUCGGCUACCUCUGGUGGAUCGGCCGCUAACGAAAUCAUGAUUUGGCUUGCUAACUAUAACGCUGGUCCAAUCUCGUCGUCAUACAAUGCUGAUGGACAACCUAAUCCUGUUGCGAGCGAUAUUUCGAUUGCUGGAUAUUCUUGGAACCUCUAUAGCGGCUCCAACGGCGCUAACGCUGUCUGGUCGUUUUUGCCAUCUACAAGUGGGACGACAAUUACUAGUUUCAGUGGAGACAUAAAACUCUUCUUCAACUAUCUCACCACUAAUGAAGGUCUCAGCACUUCGCAAUACCUUACUACUUUCCAGGCUGGAACAGAAGCUACCUCUGGGUCUGCCACACUCACUACGUUUGUGUUUCUUUCACUUGAGAUGUAUGUUCGCUACUCUGACUUGCUGUUCUAG